AUGCAUCAGAUGAGGAACUUCGUACUGCUCCUGUCGGCCACGGUUCUGGUACAACCGUUGCUGGCGGUACCGAUCUUCUGGUUCGUGCCGUGGAAAUUUCCUACCUCCGGCACCACCACGAGCAGCUCCUCUUCCGCAACAACCGCCGCGGCGUCCUCCGCCAGCGGUGCCUCGAAUUCGUCCAACGUGUCGGUUGCGAUCGGGAAUCGCGUCAACACCUCGACCGGGCUGGAUGACUACGGUACGAACAUUUCCAACGUCCAGAUCAACGUGAACCGGAUGCGCCGAUCGAUCGACACACGGCAGACCAUUCAGCUCGACGGAUUGCAACCGCUGGAUUACGGGCAGAUGAUGAAUGGGUCGUUCAUCACCAUCGGCGAGCACACGAUCCGGCUUCCGGCGAACGUGUCCAACGUCACCGUCAACACGUACCUCAUCAACGGCAUCCCGGUUGACGAAGGCAUGAACGUGGCGGAGGUGGGCACGAUGGGCCCGAGCGUCAACGAGAACGAUGGGAAUCCUUUGGUGACGGCCGUGAAGCUGUUCCGGAACUUUUUGACAUCCUUCUUCAACAACCAAGCUCCCAGUGGAUAGGACGAACGAAGCAAUAUCUAGGAGUCUUGUUGAUCCAGCAAAGUGCGUAAAUAUAGAAGGAUAGGAUCUUGUUUGAGCAAACCUAUCCCAGUUAAACUAGUUUUCAAUGUUUCGAUGGUUCAG